AUGGCAACCAAAGUGUAUAUUGUGUACUAUUCCAUGUAUGGACAUGUAGAGAAACUGGCAGAAGAGAUUAAGAAAGGAGCUUCAUCUGUUGAAGGUGUUGAGGCCCAAUUAUGGCAGGUUCCUGAGACACUGCCAGAAGAGGUGCUUGGAAAGAUGAGUGCACCACCAAAGAGUGAUGUACCAAUCAUUACACCUAGUGAACUUGCUGAAGCUGAUGGCUUUGUCUUUGGAUUCCCAACAAGAUUUGGAAUGAUGGCCGCCCAAUUCAAAGCUUUUCUGGAUGCAACUGGGGGUCUAUGGAAAUCUCAGCAACUUGCCGGCAAGCCCGCUGGAAUCUUCUUUAGCACUGGAUCCCAAGGUGGUGGCCAAGAGACCACAGCUUUGACUGCUGUUACCCAACUCGUUCACCACGGGAUGAUAUUCGUUCCCAUUGGCUACACAUUUGGUGCUGGCAUGUUUGAGAUGGAGAAGGUGAAAGGUGGAAGUCCUUAUGGUGCAGGAACCUUGGCUGGGGAUGGGUCAAGACAGCCAACUGAGCUUGAAUUGCAGCAGGCUUUCCACCAGGGCAAGCACAUCGCUGCCAUCACAAAGAAGCUCAAGGGAGGUGCUUAA